AUGGCCAAAUGCUCGGUGAUGAAAAUGAAGACUCGCUGCGGAACGCCGUCCUAUAAUGCUCCAGAAAUCGUCGCCAACGAGAGCAUCGAGUAUUCGCCGAAAGUGGAUAUCUGGAGUCUCGGCUGCGUCCUCUUCAUCACUUUCUCCGGCUAUCCGCCGUUCAGCGAGGAGUACACGGAUAUGUCCAUGGAGGAUCAGGUUAUGAAAGGUCGUCUCCUAUUCCAUUCGCAAUGGCGUCGUAUCACCAUCGAAACGCAGAAUAUGAUCAAAUGGAUGCUCACUGUUGAGCCGGCAAAACGUCCGUCGGCUGUGGAACUGAUGAGCACUGAUUGGAUGAAAUGUGCUGAUUGUCGAUCAGCACGACAGGAUAUCGAUCAGAAUCAGAGAAAUCAGAAGGUGCCGGUUCAAGCAGUGGCCGCGCAGAAGGAUACCAAUAAUAACGAUGGAGAGGUACCAGUUGCCACUAAAAAGAAAAAAAGACUUACCAAUUUUCAGCCAGAAAAAACUCUUCAAACUUUUAAUUUUUGCAGAAACGAGUGGUUCCCGCUCUCUAAGGGGAUUGCUCAGCAUAAAAAAUCCAAAAAUCCGCUCCAGAAUUCGUCAAAAAGGUCGAUGACGUGGCUAUCUCAGUCUUCUUAUUCUGUGUCAUUUUCUCUGUUUCUCUGUGUCUCUCUUAUAUUUGCUUUAUCUCUCUCUUCCCCCGCUGUCUUGUUUGUCUUCGUUCUUUUUGUCCGCAAUUUGGCGUCAUUUAAUGUGCAUUUACGGACACUUUUCGUCGCUGCUGCGAGAAGAAGAAUUUGUGGAGGAGGCCGAGCCUAA